UUUCUCAUAUCUGGCUGCUUUUCUUGAUUUUGAGAACGCUGCUGUGUUUUCAAUUUCUCUGUUUUCGUUUUUCUCUUUUGGUUUAUGAAUUUCAGUUUGUUAGAAUAACAGUUGGCCAGCGAUGGCUCACUAGACUUGGUGUUUUCUAUGCUUUUGCUAAUCAGUUUUUGGCUAUAUGGCUAUUUCCUGCUGCAAAUUUAGGGCUUUGAAAUGGGCAGAAUUAGGCAAGAAAGAUUAGAUUAUGAUGAGGGUUGAGUAUUCCAUUUGGUAGGAUAACAGUAUCAAACCCGAACAAAAUCUAACCUCCCUUUCAUUAAUCAGGGGUUCACUAUGAGGAAAAAGCUAGCAACAUCCAAUUAGGGAGAGGGAUUGAUAGAGAGCCUCAGCUCUUUACUUUCAAGCAGUUGCAUUUGGCGACUGCCGGAUUCAGCAAGUCUAAUGUGAUCGGGCGCGAUGGAUUUGGAGUGUGUGUGUAUCAAGGGGUGCUGCAGAAUGGGAGGAAAGUUGCUGUGAAGCUGAUGGAUCAAGCAAGAAUGCUUGGAGAAGAUGAAUUCAAAGCAGAGGUUGAAUUGUUGGGUCGCCUUUGUUCGCCGUAUGUGGUGUCACUAAUUGGCUACUGCUCGGAAACUCAACGGCAAGUGUUGGUUUACGAGUUCAUGGCCAAUGGAGGAUUGCAGGAACAUUUGUAUCCUUUCAAUGGUAGCUCGACAAGUCUAAACUGGGAAACACGGCUGCGGAUAGCUUUGGAGGCUGCAAAAGGUUUGGAGUAUCUCCACGAAUGCGUUUGCUCUCCCACGAUUCGCAGAGUUUUCAAAAGCAGCAACAUUCUUCUCGACAACAACUUCCACGCCAAAGUUUCUGAUUUGGAAGUGGCCAUACUUGGGCCCGGCGGGCAUGUUUCAACAAGCUCCCAAGGAUAUGUGGCACCCGAGUAUGCCUUGAGAGGGUACCUGAAUUCGAAAUCGGAAGUUUACAGCUAUGGAGUUGUGUUGCUGGAGCUCCUGACUGGCCGAGUCCCCGUGGAUAUGAAAAGGCCUGCAGGCGAACGUGUUCUCGUGACCUGGGCAUUGCCGCAGCUGACGGACAGGGACAAGGUCGGGCAAAUAAUGGAUGAAGCAUUAGAGGGGCAGUACACGAUGAAGGAGGUGAUCCAAGUGGCGGCCAUAGCUGCAAUGUGCGUGCAGGCCGAGGAUCAUUACCGGCCAUUGAUGGCCGAUGUCGUGCAGUCUCUGGUGCCUUUGGUGAAGAAGCACCAUUACUGCAGAGGAAGUUCAAAGGCAAAUGGAAUAAUAGAAUAGAGAUAAGAUCAUAAGAACCAUUUUGCAGAUUUCUGUCACACACUGGAUAACUUCACCUCUGAAUCAAGGCUGUGUCUGUAUGAAUGUAUGUUAAAUAACUAAUUUGUAUUUGCUAAUUCAAGAACAAAGCAGCAGUAGCAAUAAUAAAGAACCUUCUAAGCUCAA